CUAUUGCAAGAGUAUUGUAUACAACAUUAUAGUGUAGAAUUUUUCUCUAACUAAUAGACAAACUUUUUUUAGGCUCUCCGCAAAAGAGAUAAAGCCAGAAUUAGCAGUUGAACAUUCUCUUAGUCUUAGAAUGGCUCAACUCGCAAAAAUAUUCUUAACUGUCAUUUUUUUGGUUGAAUAUGUUUUAUCAGGUUGUAAUGAAAAAUGGAAAACAAUCGUUAAAACCGGAAAAGACGGGAAAGAGAAAUACGGAAGAAAGCGUGAUCUAGUGAACCAUUUGAUGGCCGGAGAUGAUAUCAGAUUUUCUUUAAGCAAUGGUUUAUAUUUCACCUCAAUACAAUCAGCCAUUCUGACUGGAGAUGAAAAUAUUUGUGUGCAAGCACUUUUUCACAUCGGUAAAUCUGGAUAUAACACAUUUAGAAGUGAUGGUUACUGGUGGUUCUUAAACAUCUGUACAUCAGGCCACGUGCAUGUGUCCAGAUGGUAUGUUGGUGCACACACUGAUAGAGGGCAAACAAAAUUGACAUAUGAUAUAACCUGGUUUGCAAGAUCACGUAAUUGCCAGGCAAAGCCGGUCUACUGCAAUCUGGCAUCUGGCUGGCGGAAAUGUGGGGAUGUAUCUCUAUUGGCAAACUCAGUACUGAACGGCGCUAGCGUUAAGGUCCUCAGCCCUCAAAAUGGAUACAUCACAAGCUUUACAAAUAUUGCAGUAUCCGGUGAUAGGUUAUCCGUAGCUGGGCAAUAUCCAUGGCACGUCAGUCAAAGUAUUGUUAAUAAUCAUGCGGAGUUCAAGUCAAACGUGUAUUGGUGGGCAACAAUAUGGUCAACUACUGGCCGAUUGGAGAUGUCACGAUGGAAUGUUGGAGAGCACACUAGUCGAGGGAAAAAUAGCAUGAAUACCCCAAUGGAGUGGUUUGUGGAUGACUGCUGGAUACAAGCCUACAGUCACAAUAGGUUAGGACAUAAAACAGAUGGUUCAUUAGAUCUGCUUUUUGGAGCUGUUCUAGCAGGCAGGAGAGUCAGAGUGAAAAUAGGUUCGUACAUUGUAGAAGCAGAUAAUCUUUAUGUAAGAAAUGGACAUGUGUCUGCUCAACUUUUGGGUCAGUUAUCAAAAAGUUCAAUUUUUGAUUUCCAAACCGAUGUUUAUUGGUAUUGGCAAACCGCUUCCACAACCGGUGAUGUUGAGACAGUGAGAUAUAAUAUUGGGAGCACUCAUAACAGAGGAAACUCGGCUGACAAACAUGCAAUCACGUGGUUUAUUGAGACAAGGUCAUGGUCUAAGGUACUCUCUACUUCCAGCGCUGGCUCUGUGACACACGGGUCUAAAGCUGACUUGAUAACUGCUUUACAAGCUGGAUCUCAGCUUCGGUUAGUUGUCCACGAGGCAGUGGACUCUUUCAGCAUAAUUGAAGCAGAUAAUAUAGCAAUAGAAAACUCUGAAGUUGCGGCGCAAUCGCUUAAAUACAUAAGUGAUGAAAACGGAAGCGGUGGCAUUCCAAGGCAGUUUAAGACUCCGCCAUACUGGAGAUUUACUUUGACGUCAACAGAUGGCAACCAACGAGCUGUAUGGUGGAAGGUUGGAGAUUACCAGUCACUUCCGGUAACGACAUGGAAAUACCCAGUGGAUUGGAUUGUUGAUUGAUGUAUUUAACAAUUAA